AUGGCGACCUCACAGUCUGGAUGUGCCCGCCAUGAUGGAGCAGGGAUGUCCUACGUAUGUUUGGACUGUGAUGAGGAAUUGAUUUGCCGAGAGUGUCGGGACGACCUACACAAAGGUCACAACCUGCAUGACGUCAGCGAAGUAUUAACCAGAAAACGUGAGAUCAUUCGUCAGUAUCUGGACAGCCUCUCCCUUACAGACCAAUCAGAGGACAGCGUAGAGGAUACAGAAUGGAAACUGAGGGAGAACAGUCGGACAUUCCGAUCAUUGGUAGAGAGGAUCAGAAAACAAGGGGAGGUAAUGAAAGGCGCCAUUGACACCAUUAUUGACAGGUUAGUGAAAGUCUGUGCAGAGAUCGAAAAACAUAACGCCGCCCUCCUAGAAACCUACAAAGCUUCACAACAUAUGGAGUGCCGAACUCCGGGAGUAGAAAUUUGUGAGAAGUUGAUCACUUCAGGAACGAACGAAGAGGUGAUGAGGGUGGCAAAGACCUGUCAGAGUCGGUCCUUUCCAGGGAAAACAAAGAUGGUAGACUUUCGUAUUAAACCACUCGUUACCGCCCAUCUACAACAUAUGUUGGGCAAAUUGACUGUGGAUGGACUUGACCAUGAAUAUCAACUUACAAACACGUGCACUAUUCUGUCUCAAUUUCAGCAUGUGUCAACUGCAAGUACUUGCCGUGCAAUAGGGGAUGAACAGGCCUGGUUGUCACACUGGGCCGAUGACGUCAUAUAUCGUGUGGAUCAGCAAGGCCACGUGAAAGAAAGUGUCCAUUGUGGGGUGAAGGUCCGUCAGAUGGCGCUAUGUCCCGGGACGGGGAGGGUGUGGUUCUGCUGCUGGGAUGACUGCACCAUCCGUGAGAUACUGGACAGGCCAGAGACAAGGAUUGUGACUGACCAGUCGCCCAUGUCUCUGUGUGUCACGGCGGACAGCACGGUGGUUGUGGGCGUGGCGGGAGACGUAAGGCUGUACACAAAGGACGGACGAACAAUAAGUUCUGGAGAGAUUCCCUGUAGACAGUCGGCGAUGACGCCACACCAUCUGGCCUGCUGCCCCCAGACGGGAGAUAUCGCAGUGGCCGAUAAUGACGGCGUUGUGUACGACGAGUAUGUAUCCAAGUCAGGGACAGGAGGGAAACGCCCUCACAUCAAGGUCAUGGAUAAACACCUCAAUGUCAGGUUCUGUUACCCAGACAUCGACAGACGAGGCGACAUCCACCAAUUAUUGCGCUACCCGUACGAUGUGUGUUUCGAUGCGAGAGGCGACGUCCUCGUGGCGGACUGGGCGACGCACUCUGUCCUACAGGUAGACGGAGGGCGUGGUCACUUCCUGCGGACUGUGUAUACGGGGGACGCCGCCCCACACACUGUCAGCCUACAGCGGAGUGGUGUGCUCUGGGUGGGACUCGUGGGACGGACUGUCAGGGUAUUGAAGUACAGGGAGGAGCAUGAUGAGGGAUGA